ACCAGCAGAUGGUGCAUUUCAUACUUUAGCCCGCUGCAUGCAAAGAUAUACCAAUUAUAGCCUCGCCAUGGCAACCUUUAUUUCAAUUAUACGGGGCUUCUGUCUGUCACUGGAAUGUAAAAAAUGUGAUUAUUCAGGAUUGCGUUUUCGCAUGAGUAAAUGAAGUGUGUGGGUCAGCAGGCAUCCUGCCACACAGCGCCUGUGUGCAGGCUGCACAACACCACAUCACUCUGAGCCCCCGAGGAGGAGCAGAGAGGCGCAGCAGCUGGGCUUCGACAUGGCUAAAGAAGGAGCAGAUAUGACGGAGGAAACCGAGUACAUGAUUGACAAAAAUGUGGGGAAAGAAACAGAAAACGUGGAAUCGUUCGGCGAUGCCAAAGAAAUGCGAGCGGUGAUAUUAUCAGGUUUUGGAGGUCUGAACAAACUCAGGGUGACCAAGAAGGCAAUGCCCGAGCCUCAGGAUGGUGAAGUGAAGAUCCGCGUCAAAGCAUGUGGUUUGAAUUUCCUGGAUCUGAUGGUACGUCAGGGGACUAUCGAUAGUCCUCCAAAACCUCCUCUUGUUCCUGGGUUUGAAUGCUCUGGAAUAGUAGAGUCAGUGGGGGAAAACACAAAGGGAUUUGAGAUAGGCGACAGAGUUAUGGCUUUUGUGAAUUACAAUGCCUGGGCAGAAGUUGUUUGCACACCAGUGGAGUUUGUCUACAAGUUGCCAGAUGAAAUGACUUUUGCAGAGGCUGCAGCGUUCUCUCUGAACUUUGUUGCCGCCUACAUGAUGCUCUUUGAGGUUGCCAAUCUGCGAGAGGGGAUGUCAGUGCUGGUCCACUCAGCAGGAGGUGGUGUAGGUCAAGCUGUGGCUCAGCUGUGCUCCACUGUACCUAAUGUCACUGUCUUUGGGAUCGCCUCAUGUUUCAAACACGCAGCCAUCAGAGACUCUGUGACUCACCUCUUUGACAGAAAUGUUGAUUAUAUACAAGAAGUCAAAAAGAUCUCUCCAGAUGGAGUGGACAUCGUGUUGGACUGCCUGUGUGGGGAGAACACAGGGAAAGGCCUGAGUCUGUUGAAGCCAUUAGGAACUUACAUCCUCUAUGGCGCGUCAAACAUGGUAACUGGGGAAACAAAGAGUUUCUUCAGCUUUGCAAAAUCUUGGUGGCAGGUGGAGAAGGUGAACCCUAUUAAACUAUACGAGGAGAACAAAGUCAUUGCAGGAUUCUCGCUCCUCAAUCUCCUCUUCAAACAGGGCAGAUGUAGUCUUGUGAAAGCAGUAAUGGACAAACUCUUGUGUCUCUAUGAGCAAAAGAAGAUCAAGCCAGUAGUGGACUCUCUAUGGGCGCUGGAGGAGGUUAAAGAGGCCAUGCAGAGAAUUCAUGACAGAGGCAACAUAGGAAAACUCAUUCUGGAUGUUGAGAAGACUCCUACCCCUCUGAUGGCCAGCGACAGCACAGAGACCAGUGAAGCAGGGGAGGAAGAAGAGGAGCCUGAGGGAGACAAUGACAGCAAGGAGCGGAUGCCUUUCAUCCAUUAGACCUAACAAACCCCUCUGCAACACGCCUAUAGAGACUGGAGACGCUACACAGAUUCACCAGAGGAUCACGAUGACAAACGAGUGUUGUGCAGUAUGUGUGUAUGUAUGUAUGCAUGUGCUGUAUGCAUGUAUGUACAGAAUGUGUUUGUGCUUCUUGUCUGUUACUUAUUGUUUCUGUCAGAUAGCAAGUUUGGGUAAAUUAAGACUGACAACAAGUGCCAUUCUCAGAAUAGUGUUAUUAUAUAAUUUACUGUAUUAUGAAGUAAUUUUUUUGCUAGUCAAAUCUGUGAUUAGGUCUGUGUCCAUUUUACAGUUAACUGCAUCUGCCAGUCCCUCAAUUUUUUAUCAAAUUUAUCAGUUAAUUGAAUUUCCAGCAGAUUUAAUAUGCAUUGAAACCUGCUGACAUGCUGUUAUUAGUUUAAAAAUAGUAACUAGUAAAUCAAACAAGUGUCAUAUACUAUAACAACUUAAACAUGUCUAAACAUUUCACAAGAUAGGAAAAUGUGUUAUGUUAAAUCCCCCCCUUGUCCUCAAUGAUGACAGAUGAAGUUUGAGAAAAUGACUCCAAUGUUUUCCUGCAUCUGACCAUGGAAAUUAAUCAGUGAUUCACAUUCUCAUAUUACAACAGCAAUGUGUAAGACAGGAGAGGUAGAAAAGUCUGUGUGUAGAUAUUUGCAUGAUAUUUAGUAUUCUUAGGUGCCAAUCUUGUAAUAUUUUGGGAUCACCAGUGCCUUUGAGCUGCAAACACUGUACCACUGUUGAGUGUUUGAUACUUGAAAUGCUUUCCUCGUGUGAAGUUCACUUUGAACAAACCAACAAAACAAGUAUUUUCAAAAGUAUGAAAGCUGAUACGUACAUAAUUAAAAACUAUUCAUAACCUGGUCUUAAAAUGUAGUAAGUUGAUAAUGUGGUGCCAUCAUGGCUCUAUUUAUGUUGUGAGUUAUUAGAUUGCGGACACAAAAUUGUAUUUUCAUAUCUCUGACUAAAAUAUGUGACCCCAGAUAGGGUUACAUGUAUGUUAAGGCUACAAACAUUGUAAUUUUCUUAAACAUGGGGAUAAAACAAAGCUGCAUAUGAGUUUCAAAAGGUUAAAUUCAUAUCUGUGUCAAAAUCUUGCAGAAUAUAUGGAUAAAAGAGACACUGAGAUAAAUCAGUAAAGUCUGAUAUGUCUUAGAGGAGGAUCAAGAAGUGGUCAGUCAGACUGUGAGCAGUCGAAGGUUUUCUUGUCUGACCAAAGUUGUUUACUUGCUGGUGCCUCAAAACAAAAGUGCCAUAAGACUCCAAGAUAAAUUAUUUUUAGAAUGAAAGCUGGUGUAUAAAGGCAGGGCGAUUUAAGUCUGAGCAACACUGUGUAUUACUUUAUUUGUGUGAAGAUAUUAUGCCCUCUGCUUUACUCCAGAUCUGUGAGUUGUUAAUCAAAUGCAGGAAAAGAACAGUUGACAAGAAAUACACACACCCUGAUGAUUUAGAUGACUGAUCUUUCUUUAGCCUUGCACAUUUAGUGUGUUUUAUACUGUAUCAGUCAUUAUUUAUCACUUUACUUGAAUUGUUAAAAUGAAACCAGAGUAUACAACAAGAAGUAGUUUCUCAACUGUAAAAAAAACAAUAAAACAAGUCAAUGCUUUGUAAUCAAGCCAUUUUAAGAAAUUUCUAAAAAAAAUAUGAUCAACCCAGUUAGAGCAAAACUAACAGGAGUAAACACUGCUUGCCUCUAAGUUGAAUGAUAGACAGUGUUAAUGGGUAUAGUAAAGUAAUGAAGUAAAUUAUUUUAGAAGUUAAUUUCUAGGCCUGGUAAUAAGGUUAAUGAUGUUUAGACACUUUGGAAAUACAUCUCAAUUAUAAUAUCAUAAAUAUCAUGUGUAAAUGUGUGUGUGUGUCUGUGUGAGAGAGUGAGAGACUGCAUGUUUUUUGUGUGUUUAUUCAUAUUGCCUUGUAAAAAAGAAAAACAUAAAGAAGUGUUUAGCACUGUAAUGUUUUUACAAAUUUCCUUUUUAACUAUGGUUUACCUGUGGUCGUACAUUUUUGUCAAGUUUUGUUAUCUUUUGUUGUGCACUUUCUGUUUACUUGAAUAAAUUUAUCUGCAAAGUAUUCUGUGAGAAA